AUGUUUGAAUUGAAGGUAUUCGUGGACACGGAUUCUGUAUCACUCUCUCUAUCGGAAAAUGGGAACAGACGGAGGAGUCGACUUCUCUCUAAUAUAGUGCCCACAACUGAGCUCAACUCAAGUGGUAAUUCGAGCACAAGUUAUAUCUCUUCGUCUUCGUCGCCAACCUCGCAGUCGUCGCACUCAUCGGACCAAAUGGCGCCGACGCCUACAAUGGCUGCAGCCCUACCAUCGCCCACAUAUUCACCACAAAGUUUGUCGACACAACCGAUGUGUUGCACUCCAAACGCUAACCCUAACUGUCCAAUCAAUUCGGUCAAUACGGCUACUCUGCCCUUCAAACUCCGACAUAAGGCUAAGAACAAUAACAACGACAGCGACUCAGGUAGUGAUACCUGUGUUAAUGUGUUGACCGACAUAACCCCCAAUCAUUGUGAGAUCAACACCAAUGUAGGCUUCAAUGACAACAACACCCGCAGUGCUCUUAACGACUCGAUCCUCAAGUCUGAGAACUAUGCCCUCAGAAGUGAACUCCAAAGACUAGCCACAGAAGUGGCAUCUCUUAAGAAUGUGCUCGUCUUCAACCCGACCCCCAAUUCACUCAAAACUAUGACAUCCAACGACUCCAUUCACUCUCAUCUGUAUCGCAGAGACAGUCGUUCAGAAUCACCCGAUCUUAAGAGUGAAUCCAACGAAGAAUCCAAUGUCUUGUCUAAUAGAAAUCGAUCGCGAGAAAAGCGCCGCAUAUCUGAUAUGGUUCUCGAGGGCAGGGUUUUAGAGCUGACUCGAGAGAACUCUAUCCUCAGAGCGGAACUCUAUGCCAUCAAAGAUAAGUUCUGUUUACCACAAACACAG